CCAAGGACGCAAUGACAUGGAUACUAAAUAUCAUGUCGUUGGUUUCCGUGUUGAUGCUAUUUACCAAUGAAUUAUGCAUGGAUGGAUCUUUCAACAGUCCCGCAGUCAGUAAGUCGAGGGCCGCGCGAUGGGUCUUUAGCAGCCAAUUGUUCUACAUGGCGUAUUAUCACAUGAUUAUCCAUACUCAAGAGUCAAGCACACCCCCGAUGAAGAGAACAGUUUCAUGGUAGAAGCAGUUUUCGCUAUCGACUGUAGAAAAGAUCUGAAUGGGUUCUGUAUUUGACAAUUGUCACG